GCUCGGACUCCGCCAAAGGCACCGGCAAAGUGAUGGUCGACAACCGUUCCACCGACAGGGCCCUCCCCGAGAUGCCCAACGCCUCGCUGUCGUCUCCCGAGGACUCCACGGACGACAAACGUCACCCCGUGUCGCCAACCCUGACCGGCUCGCCGCCUCACAUCGCAUCGACCUUCAUCGCUGGCAAGAGCCCCUACCGUCGUCUGAGCGGCACUGCGUUGUCACCGGGGAGGGGCAGGUUGGGGAGGGGCAGCUUUGGGAUGGGCGGCGAGAGCCCUGAGGCUCCGAAGAAGAAGCAGCGGCUGGCACUGCUUCUGGCGAGACGCAAGGCGCUCAUGCGCAAGCCGUAAGCAACGAAUCGAGCCAGCGAGGGGCACACGGUGCCUUCAGGAAUGGCUGUCUUGUUUGUGUGUGUCGGUCAUGUGUGCAGGCACGUCAUGCUGAAUUUGGCCAUCUCGUCUCUCCGCCGGUCGCCAAAGCACAACGAAUGCCGCGCUCUGCUCACCAAGAACGCACGAGACAUCAAGUCGCCACGCCGUUUGCCGCACGCCGCCUCGUCGCUCCCGCCUCCGCCUCCCUGGGAAGGGUAUCCGAUCUGCCCGCCACUGAAGGUCAAGAUUUCUUCCACACCAGUCCAUCAGCGUGAGAUAACCAUCCCGUCCAUCAACAUGCUGACCGGCGAUUGGGUCUUCCCUGAUGGGACGGCGAUGCCCUGCUCAUUCGCCUGGUCAACAGGCACUGGAGACGGGCGGCAGACGGCUGAGGAGCAGCAGACGAUGAACAAGGAAAUCGACAUGGUGCUGAGUAAGAUGACGAGUAUGACGGCCCAUGGGGCUGCUGCUGCUCCUGCAGACGUGGGUGGGGGAGGGGCUCGAGAGCCUGCUGGUGGUGGUGGUGUGCUGGGAGAGAGCGACGAUUUGGUGGCUGCGGAGACGGCAUCGACUGAGGGGAGGGAGACCAUUGACACCAACACCAACAGCAACGGAGGCCUCCCCGACACAUGAUCGAUCAGCCACACGAGACACGAGCCAAUAUGAAGAGACCCGCAUGGAUGUAUACGUAAUCACACCACACAGAGAGAGAGGGAGAGGGGAUCUGACACAUACACUUUUGGAUUUGGGAUCACUCAUAUUCUUUUGCUCUCCCAUCUAGAGGAAUCACAGAGAGAGAGAGAGAGAGGGAGAGAGGGCACACUAGUACUUCCAUUUGUUGUGGCGGCGAAGCCGCCGUACGGGAUGCACGCAGCAGUAGGGGUGAGUGAAUGGUGUAGGGUCCGUCGAUUGAGAACGAGAAAAGACCUUCUCAGUGUGCUGGUGGUGAAGGGUCUGUUCAUCUGGUCAUGCAGGAAAGGGACAGAGACGCGAUAUAUGGUACAUGAGAACACCGACCCGACGAAUGAAUGGUGCAUCCUGUCAUGAGGGGUGCAUGUGGUUCAUAUGGCAUCGCUGACUAUCUAUCUGUCUGUCUGUCCGCAUGCCAUGCACGCAAACACUUAACUGUCACA